AUGAAGCGGGACUGUCAAGAACGGACAAUAGAUGGCGAUGAAGAUGCGGUAUUUGCUGUAAGCACAGAACGUGUAAACGGAUGGGUGAUCGACAGCGGAGCGACCGCACACAUGACCCCGCACCGUUCUGAUCUGUUCGCAUAUGAGAACGUGAAUAGUGGCAUCGAAGUAGCAAUCGCUAACGGAAUGAAGCUGCAGGUCACUGGCCGUGGUACAGUACGCUUGAUUGGACUGGACGGUAAACGGAUUAUGAUGGUUAAAGUCCUUCACAUCCCGGGCUUUGAUCGGCGUCUAUUGUCAGUGGGAAAGUUCGCUUAUCGUGGCCUGAACGUGGAGUUCCAGCGUUCCUCAUGUGUUAUAUGGGGAGCGGCUAGCGCAAUUGAGAAGGGUAAGAAGGUGGGCAAGGCGUACAUAUUGGACUGUGAACAAGAAGAAGCUCGAUUCGUUCAGUACGCCGAGGCUGGCAGCAAGUGGGAGCUUUGGCACGCUCGCAUGGGACAUCUCAACCAAGACGCUCUGAUUAAGACACGUCAUGCCACGAACGGUAUUCCGGCUAUUGAUCAACCGACCCUGUCUUUAUGUGGCAGUUGCAUGAAAGGAAAGCAGACGGUGGCUACAUUUCCUCAUUGUUCGAGCUCGAAAACGUCGCGCGUUCUUGAGCUCGUCCACACGGAUGUGAUGGGGCCCAUGACAAAUCCUUCGAAAGGUGGUGCAAAGUAUGUCCUGACGUUCGUGGACGACUAUUCGCGCUACGUUGCGGCCUACUUCUCCAAGAAGAAGAGCGAGGUGGCCAUCAAGCCUAAGAGAGUUCAAGACGUUCUAUGA